CUCUUCUUCCGACACUUGGAAUAAACAGCUGAUUCCAAGCAACACUUUCGAAGCUUUACUACAUCCCGUCUGAUUCUUUUGCAUCGUUUGCCCGCAAGCAAGAUGUCUGUCUCAGAAGCACAACAGCUCGCCGAAAUGAUUCUUCAAGCAGUCAAAGACAUUGAAGCCGACACGGCGGCACAAAUACCCGGCGGUAAGACGACCAAUAUCAAUUUGCCCACGGUGGCAGCUGAGGAUAACCUCGAGGCGACUCCGCAACGCCGCACAGCUUUAAGGACUUUGAAGGCGGCCACCCACCAGUUAUUGGCCACUCUGAUGCCGGUGGGCUUGCACGUCCAGGAGCUACAUUACUCCUUUCACCAGACCGCCGCGCUUGACACGGUCGUGCGGGCCCGGAUCGCCGACCUGAUCCACUCCAUCGACCCAGAUUCGAGUAAGGGAGGCGUGCAUGUCGCAGUGCUUGCCGAAAAUGCCGGCAUGGAUCCCCGAAAGCUCUCUCACAUCUUGCGUUUCCUCGCACUCCGCAAUGUCUUUUGUGAAUUGAAGCCAGGCUAUUGGGCAAACAAUCGAUGCUCUUUCCCUCUACGAACGGACUCGCCCAACACUAUCUGGAACGCCCUCGGUCAUCUCAGGGAAGAAAUUGCUUUGCCUGCUCUGGUUGAGCUCCCCGAGGUCUUGCUGGACAAGGAGGGUGGUCGGGCUCUCAGCUGGGAUCACAAAAAGAGUGCAUUCCAAAAAUAUUACGAGCCCGGGUGUGAUUUUUUUGAUUUUCUAGCGAAAUCUAAGGAUGGUUAUCGAGCUGAAAGGUUCGGAAAAACUAUGAUCGAGUUGUCCAGGUCUUGCGGCACUGGGGAUGCACAUUACAAAGGUUAUGAUUGGAAGAAACUCGGGGCGAAUGGGACCCUGAUCGAUGUUGGGGGUGGGAUCGGUGGACCUGCUUAUGCUAUUGCAAAUUAUCUUCCCGGAUGGAAGAUAGUUGUGCAAGACCGCGCAGAGGUAGCCAAAAGUGGAAAAGAAAACUACCAGAAAAUAGGCUCAACGGCUAACCUAGAAUUCGAGGAAGUCGACUUCCUAAAGGCCCAACCGGCUCAUAGGGUCCAGGGAGCAGAUGCCUACUUCCUGCGACACAUUCUACAUGAUUGGCCCGCCAAGGCCUGCGUAGAAAUAUUGACCCAUUUACGGAGAGCCGCAAAGCCGACGACCCGGUUGUUGAUUGCUGAGACUGGGGUCGAGCCGCCACUGAUUGACCAACAAUCGCCGAUUCUUUCCAACGGUGGGAUGGCGGCGUCCUUAUCCCACACAUACUGCCUGUCGAUGAUGACUGUCUUCAACGCGGAGGAGCGUAGCAAGCAAGAUUUCGACGACAUCUUCAAGAGUGCUGGGUGGAAGCUCGACUCGGUUUCAAAUCUAACCACCAUCUUAGAUCGCUUCAUCUACGAAGGCGUCCCGGACCCUUCCUGGGAGCAGUGAAUGAAUGGAUACACGAGUCUAAGCUUGGAUAGAUUGCAAACCACUCAACUUUUUCUGUCUUUUUUCUUUUUGCUAAGCUUGAAACCAGAACAACGUGCCGACGCACGUUGUUCUGAUAACCCAGCUACCACCUGAGAGCGUUUUGUUUCUGGGAUAUUACUCCGUUAUAUGUGUUGUAUUUUAUGUUUCAUUUCUACUGAGAUGUGUUUCCUGCUUGGUCAAUCGAUGUGUGUCUUUUUCUCUUCCCCAUUUCCGAUUACAGCGUGAAAAUCAAUAAAUCCGAUAUCUUGCC